CCAACUAAUGAGAUAAAAUCAUGGAUUUUUUGAAAGCCGAAAUUGCAAGAAAGAAAAAGCAACUGGAGAAAACGAAUCUCGUCGACGGCGGGAGUGGAAAAAAGACAUUCAAGAGAGCUGACUUGAAAGCAAAGCAGGAGGAAGAAUAUUGGAAGAAACAUAAACCUGAGAAUGAUGAAGGAGAGAGUAGUAAAAAGAAAGCAAGAAGUGAAAGGCUUGCCAGUGAUUCUCUUUCAGAUGAUCCCAAUCUUGUAACUCUCUCCAGACAAGAGGUUGUCAGAAGAUUGCGAGAAAGAUCAGAGCCUAUCAGGUUAUUUGCAGAGACAGACACAGAAGCUUUCUUCAGACUCAGGAAAAUUGAGAUGCUUGCCCCAGAAAUUAACAAGGGUCUUCGGAACGAUUUCAAAGAAGCUAUGGACAAGGUUGACCAGCAGUACUUGGAGGAACUGGUCAAGGCUCAAGGAGAGGAUGUCCCAACCAGCGCAUAUGACAUGAAGUUUGAAGAUGACGGCCAUACCAUUGAUUCCAUUCUAGAGAUGGCUAAAGAAAUGGGCAAGGGCGAUGAGGAAGUAGAUAAUAAAGUCAUCCUCAUCUACAUCAAGUUUUUGCUGAAAGGCUGGGCUCAGGAUCUUAACCGUAGACCGGAAGAUCUGAAGAGAAGUAUGAAAGGAAGAUUACAGAGCGCUACAUACAGUCAAACAGAAGGAUACCUAAAACCACUCUUCAAUAAACUGAAGAAAAAGUCCCUUUCUCCAGAUAUUUUGGAUAGCUUAGUGGAGAUCAUAAAGUUCAUGUUGGAGAGAGAAUAUGUCAAAGCCAAUGAUUCCUAUCUUCAGAUGGCCAUAGGGAAUGCUCCAUGGCCCAUUGGGGUCACUAUGGUUGGUAUUCACGUCCGUACAGGAAGAGAGAAGAUCUUCUCCAAGAACGUUGCUCAUGUGCUGAAUGAUGAGACACAAAGGAAAUAUAUCCAGGCACUGAAGAGAUUGAUGACACUCUGUCAGAGACACUAUCCUACAGACCCAUCAAAGAUGUGGAGUACCAAGGAGUUAAUCUAUUCUGAGAGGUAAUGGACAAAUAAAAA